CCCCUGCAGCCCAUGGAGGUCCACAGGGGAGCAGAGAUCCACCUGUAGCCCAUGGGGGACCCCACACUGAAGCAGGUGGAUACACAAAGGAGUGUCAUCUCAACCUAUGACUGCUCCUGCUCCCGUUCAGGUACAGGACCUGGUUUCUGGACAGUGGUCCAGCCCUCAUCAACUGAUAACCUGGGGAAAGGGUUAUGCUUGUGUUUCUACAGAUGAUGGACCGCGGUGGGUUCCUGCUCGGUACGUUCGUCCUUUUUUGCGUCGGGGGAACCGGCAGUGAUGACUCCUACGCGGAACAGCUCGAACGACUCAGCCCGUGGAACAGCCACAACGUCUGGGUGACCCUGAUGAAAGCACUGAACCAGACUAUCUUCUGUGCCUCCUUGGUGAAACCAGAGCUGCCUUUUCACACAUUCCUUGUUGGGGCACCUGUAAAUAACUCUGAUGCAGUGAAACUUGUUUCUAAUGUUAAACGAUUACCUGAUUUAGGAACAAAGGCUUGUAAUGCUUCUGUGCAGAGCUGCAUCGCAAAUGUAAACGACUGGCUUGUUAAGUUACCAGUAGGCAUUGCACCGCAGGAGUUAGAUAUUUUGGGUACCUUAACUGCUGCUGCUUGCUUUUAUUUUGAUUAUACGGGUGCAACACUGCUGGCUAAUAAGUACAGUAAGGGAUAUGAUGCUUCUGCUACCACAGAAACCCUUUCACAAGACUUGUCUCUAGAUAUGCCCUUUUACCAGAAUGCAUCUGCUUGGUGUUUAUAUACACACAAGCGACCCUCACCUGGUGUAACAGUUGCUCGUCAACUCCCGAAAGGAUACUUUUUGAUUUGUGGCAAUCCGGCAUGGCCAGGUAUUCCGGCAAAGCCCACUGGGGGACCCUAUACCUUUGGUAAAUUAGGUUUGCUUACCCCCACAGAAAAGCUUUUGUUGAAUCAUUCCCAUCUCUACAGUCAUGUUUUGACCAAGCGGUCACUGGCCCUUGACUCUAAAUGUCAUGACAUGUUAACCUUGUGGGGCUUGAGGGGGCUCACCCUGCAUAGCAACACAUCGGUGACGUGA